AAGUAAGUACGGCGUGUUUACGUUGCAGAUUGCAGAGUGUGAGACGAGGAAUGCCAAAUCACGUGAAAACCGCAGCUUUUACAUUUUUAAGCGAUACUUGAAAAAGAUUUUAAAUGAAGCUGGAAAAGUCGGCCUUCCUGAGGAAAACGUGGAUCACGUCCAUUACGAUGCUGAGAUCAUCCUUACAAAACAGACGUAUUUGGAGAUCCUCAAGUUUCUCAAUGAAGAAACGUGGCAGUCGGGGGCUGUGGAUGAUGCACUCAGCGAUAUUUUGAUCAAUUUUAAGCCCCAUGACUAUAAAGCUUGGCACUGGAAAUUUGAAGACACGUUUGGAAUUGAUCUAUAUAGUAUGUUUCUGAUACUCCUGUGCUUGGCAUGUGUUGUCGUUGUAAUAGCUACAGAGCUCUGGACACGUAUUCACUCCUUGGUUCAGCUCAGACGUCUGUUACUACUAAGUUUUUUCAUCAGUUUUGCGUGGAAUUGGCUUUACUUGUAUAAGCUGGCCUUCGCACAGCACCAGGCAGAAAUCGCGAAAAUGGGGCAGUUUGAUAACGUCUGUGCCGAGAAGUUGGACUGGAGGGAAAGUCUUAUUG